GCAGUUCCUGAGGAGAAGCUCAGGAAACCACGUCCCGGUGCGUCUCAGCUCAGGACGUGUUGUGGUGGAUGACCGAGUAGCGAACACAUCAAAGUUGUCUUCGGGUCCAGUACCGACAGAUACAACCGACAGGCUGAUGGCGGGUCGGAUGGAGAGCUGGACGAUCCUGAGGCUCCUGAUCCUCUUCGUCGUCCUCAGCCUCACUGGACAAUUCAAGCUGAGAGAUGGCGAGUGGGCGGAGCUCCGGCCUGACGUGGCUGCACUGCACCGCCUCAGAGGACUGUCUGAGCACAUGUUUCAGGAACGACUCGACAACCCUUCAGAACAAAGGGACACAACCGUCCACGGGGCCAGAGUUGAGAGAUCCAACAGGGUGGACUUUGACCAGAACCUGAUGAGUCUGCUGGAUGACCUUCAGGAAUGUGAGAACUUCACAUCUUGUGUCAUUCAGUUGGAACAGGAGUUUGAGAACUUAUUGGCUGCUAUUGAAGAACAUAAGAUACGGGACUGGCUGCUAAGCGCUUCAGAGAUCUCUCACAGCUACAGCCAGAAACUUCUGGUCACGACUGAUAAAGAAAAGUCGACAAAUGACCGAGUCCAGCAGGAAUACAGCAUAGAUCCUCAUUACUCAGUAAUAAUCAGCAAAGAAUGCCUCCACAAUGCCUCAUGUGUACCAGAAACAGACAGCUACACUGUGGUGAAGAUAUUUGGAAGUGUUUCCGACGAUGGACAGACUUUGUCUGGCCUUUCCGGUUCGUCUCUUGCAGAGCUGAUGUUGAAACCGUCACUGGAAGCUGUACCAGUUUUCUCCCUUGAUGGAAACACGACCACAGAUUUCCAACACAACUUCAUGAGGAUCUUUAUGGUCCGUGGCGUCAAAGCUGUGUUAGAAACGAACCAGGAGAAUCACCAGAUUUACCAGGUCAUGAAUCAACCCGACUCGGUUUCUGGCUACCGAAUUCCACAAAGACCAGUUGAUCAUAGCACCCAGUAUGACCACCAGCAGAUCCUCAUUAUGGAGGAUGACCCUAUUGUCAGAAAGGCUGCUGAAUAUCUUUAUGCAAAGCACCCAAAAGUCAGCUCUGUCUACGCUCUUGAUAAAAACCAAAAGCCUAAACUGAUUCACGGUGACUCCGUACCUCUCUCAGAGGACAGCAGGCUGGUGCUGGUAGGCCACGGCAAGAGAGACAACUCAGGACAGGUGAGACUGGCAGAUUACACCGCCACAGAAGUCACCAAAAUCGUGCAACAAACCUUCAGGGUUGGUAAUAAAAUCAAAACGACGAGUGUGGUGGCCUGCGAGGUCGGAUCAGAUAAAGCGUUUGUUGAAACCCUGCUGAAGGAGCUUCAUGAGACCGCCAACAUCGAGACAGAGGUGCAUCUCAGGGAUGCUGUGCUGCAGGUCAGGCACACAGGAGAGAAAAUCACCCAAGACAUCUCCACAGAUGGGCUGGCAGAAUGGCGACAUAAAGAUGACAGCAAGAAGGUGGUGGCAACCCUUGAUCGGAAUGGAAACGUGAUUGUUAGAAAUGAGCCUGGCAGCAAAGGAGAACCAGUUUUUACCAGUGAAAGAAACACACUAAUUAAUGAAUAUGUAGGAAAUCGAUUUAAGGCCUACAAAAGCAGCUGGCCAGACCAGCCACAGAGAUUCAUUCACCACAAAGCUUCUGCAAAGGUUGACCAAAAUGUUUGUGAUGAACUUGAAGCUCUGUCCUGGGGAUUCUUUCACGGAGACCUGCCCGAGCCAAAAAAAGUGAACUUCAACAAUUUGAGGCAAAUAGAGCAGCAUUUUGUAAUAGGGAAACACAUUAAUAAUGAUAAACACAUAGAGUGGAUAACAGAUCAGCAAGAACUAAAGAAUAUUCUUUCCAAGUGUUACGAGGUUAAUUCAGGAGAAGAUGUCAGAAAAGUCAUCCGUCACUACGCAAAGACUGGAGAGGAGAAGCCCACGUACCUGAUGGUCAAAGACUGGAUUUAUGUUGUUGACCCAAAGAAUCUGUAUGUCUAUCCAGUUGGGAAAAGGCUUGACAACAAUCAAAGACAAAAUAAGAACACAAUAAAGGAAAUUAGGAACUGUAUUGAAAAACAGAUAGGCAAUGAAAAAUAUCCAGACAUGAGAGCACACAUUGUUGAUAAAAAUAUACCUAACUCAAAAGAGCGUUAUGUUCAAUAUGUUAAAGAUAUUUUUCUUGGAGAGCACACAACUCAUCUUCCGCUCUCCACUGAGGCCUGGUGCACCACAUAUUUCACUGCAUCAGUUAUAUCUGAAUCGGCCAGAAACUUCCGAACAUUUCCUCUGGUUCUUACGGCCCUGGAUAUGUUUGAAAGCCCAAAUAACAACAUCAAGGAGCGAGGACUGGAUUUUUUCCCAAAUAACAACAUCAAGGAGCGAGGACUGGAUUUUUUCUUUGACGAACACCCAAUGGCAAGAGUGUCCAGUUGGAUUGACCCAAGUAGGCGUGGAUUUAGUGGCUCAGCAACACCCAUCGGUUCUAGCAAAUUAGGAAAUACAGUAAAUCCUCCGACUGAGGGGCAAUUAAUGUCUCACCUUGAGAUGGUCUUAGAAAAUGAGGUCAAACAGUACAAAUCAUGGCUUAAAGUAGAUCCAAAAAAUAGUCAGUCUGAAAUAAUGAAGCUUGCAGAAAAAUACCAAAUAAUUGAAAGUAAUACAGCUGAUCAACAAAACAUCAUCAACGAUUACAAAACUUUUAAAGAACAAAUAAGUGAACCCUCAGCCUCUGGCACAUUAGGAGGCUACAAUGAUGGUCGCACAACAUCCCAAGACCUAAUGUCUGCCUCAAAGCUGGAGAAUUCAUUCAAACUUGAAUCCCAUUUCUCCAGACUAAAAGCAUUAUUUGCAGAACAAAUUAACAGGCAGCUAAAGGCAAAAUAUGGUGAAAAUACGGCAGGUUGGCGCAUCCAGGAGGGCAGUGCCAGAAUGGAGGAUGGACAGGUCAUAUGUCACCUCGUGUCUGAUGCUGCUGAAGUUGAACCUGUUGAGUUCAGGGUUAAGUUAUCUGCAGAGAGUCAACGCUACAAUGAGAAGAUGCUGAAGACCAUUGACACAGCAGUUCAUGACUUGGAGGGUCAUGUUUCAGGGUCCUCCCAUCAAGUCAGCAAGUAUGUAGAGCACACUGGGACUGCUGUCGGGAUACUGGGCCUCAUGCUGGGGAUGAAGGGGGCUGCUCGUGCCCAUGAACAAGGUGACACCAAAGAUGAAGUGGUGGGAGCUUUGCAAACAGCUCAUGGAGCGGCAGCUAUGACAACAUCUGUUAUUGCAAAACAAGCUCUGUCCUCGGAGACAAGGAUCGCCAGAGCUGCAGCAGUAGUGAUGAAAAGUCCUCUAAUGAAGGGCACCAUGGCAGUCAUACCAUUGGUGGGAAUUGGAUUUGGGAUAUACAAUAUUGUAGAAGACGUGAAGAGAGGUGACCCUCUGGGCUACAUUGAUGCUGCCAUAGAUGUCAGCAUGGUUGCUUUGGAUGUUAUUGAAAUUGCUCAGCCUGAAUUGGCACCGUUUAUAGCGCCUGUCACCAUGGCUCUAUCAGUAGUCCGGAUGGUUAUUGAUGAUGUCUACAUGAGCAUAGAGAAUGAACUAAAGAGCCUCCCGAAGGACGCUGGAGUUCUGGAGAAACUGGUGGCUGGUCUUCGUGGCUUUGGGAAAGGAAUUUUGCAUUUUGCAAUUCAUGUGGCAAGUAUUUUUUAUGAUUGGCGUUACGACGAAAUUGAAGAGGGACACAGGCUGGUUGCGCAGAUAUCAGACUAUAGCAAAUAUUACAGAGUUACUAAGCAAGAGGAUGGAACCAGUGCCAUCGAUUUUACUGCUGGUGACUCCUCCUGGAACGGAGGAGGCAUUCACUUCUGCCUCGCUGACCAGGGUCAGUCUGAACUCUGCAUGGACUACUUUGUAUCUAGUGAUGAGAGGAUGACGAAGAGGUGCUGGGACAUUGACACACAGGGAAGCCAGGAUAUUAUUCUUGGCCUGGGAGAGUCACGUCAGUUAGAGUACAGCACACUGCAGAAGAAAGUGCUCAUGUUCAUACCAGCCGGUUCUGUCACUGUGGUUUCAGGUUAUAUACCUAUAUCUUAUUCAAGAUAUGGGACUUACACGGGAAACAGAGACUCUAAUCGUUUUUUUGCAAUUCAGAAAGCAGAGGACCAACAUGUGAUUGAGGUCAUGUUAAGUUACUACUACAAGCUUUACGGUGAACCAGGUGAUGACGUAUUCUACCUCGGCCCACAGAGAAGUUAUGUUCAAGGCUCUGGUGGGAAAGACACUUACAUCAUUCCUAAAAAUGGGGGGAAAACAAUCAUUAACAACUACGAUCCUUCCAAAGCACCAGACACUCUUCAUUUCAGUGCUGAUUACAGUCACAUUUCUGCGUCUAAAUCUGGAGAUGAUGUUGUGUUAAUGUAUGAAGGCAGUCAUAUGGUGGCCAUAGAAAGGUGGUUUCUGGGGGAAGUGUAUCGUCACAUGAGCAUGAUGUCAGGAGAUGGCGUCUUGUUUGAGAUUUCCUCCAGGGUGGCUUCUUCUGUUCAGCUGGUGGCCAGAGGAAUUAACAAGAUGUUCAAGACACAAGGAGAGACUGUGGACACGUCACAGCCACUUCUAAGUACCGUGGUAAACAUCUUUGGCUCUAGGAAUGAUGACGUGCUCAUCGGGAACGGAGAGAACAAUCUGAUAGAUGGAGGAGGAGGUCGAGAUCGUUUGAUCGGUGGUGAAGGAGAAGACAUAUACAUGGUGAAAGACAGGCAGCAGUCUUCAGUGCUGAUUGAAAAUUACUCCAGAGACACUAAAACAGACCUGGUCAUAAUAGAAGCAAAUCUUCACACUUUUACAGUCAGAGUGCAACAUGAUAAUGUUGUUCUGAACGCUUUCCAUGGCAGUACUGCCCUCCAUGUGACUUUGUUGAGGUGGUUCAGAUCACCAGCAGACAGACACUUACAAGUGGUCACAAAAGAUCUCAUCACUUUCACAGUCUCAGACAACAAGGCCGACUGCCAGCAGAGAAACCCGUUCACCAAGUGCAUAAAAAGCCACCGCAUCGACUACAGCAGCUCCCGGUCUCCUCUGGUGGUAGACCUCCAGAAGGACGAGGCUUUUGACAGCGUGACGGAGGUCCGCGGCUCAGAGUUCGACGACAUCGUCAGAGGAAACAAAGAACACAAUGUUGUUGUACCAGGAAGAGGAAACGAUUUCAUUCAGGGCAGAGGAGGAGAGGACUGGUACGUCAUCACACCAGGACAAGGAGUGAAAACCAUCAACAACCAAUCGCCAGAUCAAGCCUUGGACGUUCUCUUCCUGAAAGAACAAUAUCAGCAUAUAACAUGUACUUGUGAAGGACAGAACAUCAACAUUUUGGUAUACGGCAGAAAAGAUGUUACUUUACAGAACUGGUUUGAAUCAAAAAAUCAUCAGCACCUGCAGGUCAAAACCAGCGAUGGAAUAACAGCUGGACUGAUGCCCAACAUCAGCAGCUGUGGCGAGUCUUUAAUGUUACCCUUAACUGUUGAUUACAGAAACCAGAAACCUGAAGCACUUGGGUGUUUCAGUUAUAGAUUCAAAGUUUCAGAAGAGGAAAGAGUCUUUUGCGACCAUCAAGGCAAAGAGAUGAUGAUGGAUAAGGCUGAUUCAGUGAAAGAAAUGUACGGCUCCUCGGGUUUCGACAUCAUGGUCGGGAACAGUAAUGAGAAUCUGCUCGAUCCUUACACCGGAGGGGCGCUGAUGUUUGGAGGUGAAGGAAAGGACACUUACGUAAUCAAACAUGGAUAUGGAAAGUACUUAAUGAUUGAUAACUUUGCAGAAGAUCAGAGUGUUGAUACCGUGUUGGUUGACAUGGAUUUCCUUGAUGGCAGCCAAGUCGCGCUCAGCUCAUCAACAGAAGAUCUGAAUGUGAUGAUCACAACAAAAGGGGAACAGCUUGAAUUGAGUUUGCUCAACUACAAUAAAGGUUACCAGCAUCAGCAUGUGGAAUUUCAGAGCUCUGAUGGAGUGAAUUUUAAACUGAAGUCACAAAACUCAACCGGAGGUUUGCCUUUCGUUGACAUUGAAGCUUUCAAAGUGACUCUGAAACAAUCUCAGGUUGACUGCCGUUUGGACCUCAGCUCUCAGAACAAUCUGUCACACGUCCAUACAGUGCAAGGCUGUCCCCUUCAGUCCAAUGACAUACUGGGAAACGCUCAAGACAACGCUCUAAUUGGUGGGUGGAAGGAUGACAUCUUGGAGGGAGGAGAAGGAGACGACACACUGAUAGGAGGAAGUGGAGAUGACGCUCUCAUUGGUGACUUGGGAGACGACACUCUUUAUGGCGAAGGUGGAAAUGACACCAUGUUGGGAAACUCUGGCCAGGACGUCUUCAUCCCUGGACCAGGGGCUGAUCUGGUGGAUGGAGGUCCUGGCAGAGACACUGUUCUGUACCGGGGAGAUCAUGACACUGGUAAAGGGGUUUAUGUUAACCUGCUGACUGGACAAGGCCACUAUGCUGAUGCCGAGGGGGACGUGUUGAAGGACGUGGAGACGGUCAUUGGCACCAUCUAUCCUGAUAUCUUGGUGUCGGGCUAUGAAAGUUCUCUUCUCAAAGGCUCGGACGGCAGUGACAUCUUGGUGUCCACAGGUGAUGAUUACCUGGUCGGGGGUGAUGGAAAUGACAUUUACCUGUUGGCUUUUGACCACGGUUCAGUCACCAUUAACAACUGUGCGAAGGACAACGCCACAGACGUCUUGUACUUGAGCUCAACACCAGUAUUUGACUGCCAACUUUUAUCUGACGGAGUUCUUCUGACUUUCUUUGGAUUUGACCAAACAACUCUUAAAAUUGCACUGGAAGGCUGGAGCAGUGAUGAUAAUGAAUGUGGCCAUCUGAAGUUGGUUUUCAGAGGGGUGGAGGUGUCAGUGGACUGGCUGCUACAACAGUGUUACUUCAGACAGAAACAAGCAGUUUGGUCUUUAGCCAUAAGUUGGUUGUCUGCAUCAGUCUUGUCCUCUUCCACUGUGUUAUCAUUUUACAAACACAAAGAAAAUCAUUUUUAAUGGCACAGGAACAGAAGACACGGGAACAAACGGAAACAAAAGUUGAUGCAGAAUCCACUUCCAUGAUGGCUGAUGCCAUGUAGGGUUAUGUGGCGCUGCAGCACAUGGUGUCUCAGAGUCAUUUCUGUUUCAUUAAUCACAUGUGGUUUGCAAUUUUUUGUGUGUUGGCCCUGUGAUUGACUGGCGACCAGUCCAGGGUGAACCCCGCCUCUCGCCCGUCGUCAGCUGGGAUAGGCUCCAGCGGUAUAGAAAAUGGAUGGAUUUUAGACCACGUCCUGAGUCUUCGUCUUGUGAUUUGGGUCCAUCAUCAGUGAGUCAUGGCUGUCGCUGUGGAGCUCCAGCACACAGUGAGCAGGUUGCACAGGCACUUUGACACGUUACAACAGGAAACUCACAGGUAAAUUCGUAACUGCUGCAUUUUACUUAACGGAGGUCCGGCUGUCCAGUCCAGUUGUCCAUCUGGUUUUUCCUGCAGUGACGAGUCAAAAUACCUGCCACGCAAUCAGUCCAAUGUGCUCUGUGGAACAGUUUCAGACAGCAAAUCUACUGACAUUUAAAUUGUUGAGUUUAACUGAAUUGAAGAAUUAAGUGCCAAAUUUCUGGAAUUUGCACAUUAUCAGUCAGUUAUGUGUACAUAUAAUCAUCUCACGUGAAGCUACUCAGCUUCUACUUAACACUAACUUCACUUUUACAUUAUUAAAAUCAUGUUAUGAUUUGAUUUAAACAUUUUGGACAUUAACAAUGUAGCCACACUCAUUUAACUGUUACAGCACUCCAAUGAUUUGUAAUCAUAUCAAAUCACAUUAUUUUAAGAACCUUUUGAUUGAUUAGGAAAUAAAAUCACUCAAAUCAAUGCUUGUGUUGACACAUUUAUUUCAGAUUCGCUCCCUCACUGACUCUUGACGGUUUUUGGUGAAGUAAAAGUGCAGUAGCAGGUCAUGUAUUAAGUACCCAACAGUACUUUACUCUCUCCAAGAACAAAAAUGUAAUUUCAAAAAUAAGUGACGAUGACAAAGGAGGAAGCUGUUCAAAGACCUGCAGCAGGAGACCCAGUUCAGUACCAUCAGAUUCAGACGAGCUGAAAACCUCAUACUGAAAUGGUGGUGAAAACACUCAGCUCAAGUCAUGCAAACCCACUAAGCUCCAACAGCUGAUCCAACCAGCUAAUUAAUAUGUUGGUGAAGUAGUUGGUGCCUCAUUUAAAGCUUCACUGUUCACAGAGUCGACCCCUCCACCCGAGCAGAGCGAAUGUGCUAAUCACGCUUGUCAGCCUUAAGGUGUGUUUAGUGUUUGACCAGGUGUUUCAUUCCUCAUUACACGUCACAGACGAGUCCCGGGCCGGUCUCACCCAGACGGGCUCUCAGGUCACAGAGUUUGGCAGAUUGAGUUGAUUCAAAUUACUGGCAAAUAUUCAUCUUUUGAGAUACACGUCUAAAAAUUGAAAUUGAACAAACUUACCUCACUAAGUUCCACAUAUGAAAACAGUUACCUGUCCUCUGAGGUCCACGCUGCAGAACGUACGUAACGUGGCCCACAACUGGUUCAAGUGGACGUCUGCGAUGAGAUCAUCACCAGGAACCACGUGAACGAAGGCAGCUUUCAUCUGAACAUCCUUCUGUUUGUCUCUGGGCCAUCGGUGCGCAGACACACACACACACACACAUCUAAAAACGUACAGCAAACACAGAAAAAUGAUUUGUGAUGGAGAAAACCCUGUUGGAUGACCUCUGGUGAACAUCCAGUGGACCUCAUCCCCGUGUGCAGAGGGAACGGGUUCAGACUCCCAGCAUGAUGAACUUCAUGAGCUCCACACCUCCAGGCUUUGGGUCCUGACGGCUGAAAGCACCUGGAAACCCCCUGAGAUCUAUCUGAACAUCUGAAAUGAAUCCAAUGCAGUGACGAUGCCCCCAAAUAAGAACUGAUUUCAUGUGAUUACAGCAGGUUGUCGUGUGUUUACUUGUUUGUCUGUGAGAAGCACAUCAGUUUCCACACUGUUGAGCUGUUCGUCACGUUAAACUGAGUUCAGGUGCAGCUGCAUGAACUGCGUUAGACGGUUUUAAACUGCAGUUCCUCAGGGCUCUCAGAGCAUUUCUGUUCUGUUUGUACUGGAAGUUUCCACAGACUGAACUUUGAUGUCAGUUUGUUUUGUUUGAUUUGGUUGGAUCUGAACCAAUUCCCCACUCGAGAUCAGCUGGAUCAGACGACGGAUGGCGGACGCUGAUGUCCGUCUGUUGUUCACGAGGAGUCAGGCGGCUCAACAGCACAUUUAAACACUUUUUAAGCAGUUACUCUGAAUAAAAAUAAACUUUUUAAAGUAUGUUUCACUUCCUUUUCUGGUAAUUUGAAUGACUGGGAGAAUAACUGACAGACUGACUGUUGCUUUUGGAUUUGAAAACUUUCUAAGUGAUGAAUUAUUGACAGAUUAAUCAGCAAUGGAGACAAACUUACAAUCAAAACUGAGGGCUUACAUGAAUCAUCAGUACACAAAUCUCAAGUAUGACAUGACUG